AUGGAUGCUUUUUCAGUAUUAAGUGGAGGAACGAAUCUUAAAAAGAGAAAAAUAGAAGAACUAAAAGAUAAUGAAGAUAAAAAAUCUGAUAUAAUAAAAAAUAACGAAUUUCACACAGAAUCUCUAUUGUUUCCGUAUUCAGAUGAAGAAAUCAAAAGAUUCCGACGUUUAUUCCGUAUUCGCGUAACAGGAAAUGAUAUCCCACCGCCAAUAAUGACAUUUUCAGCAAUGAGUGAACAAUUAUUGUUUCCAAAUUUUAUUCGAAGAAAUAUAAAAAAAUGUGCAUUUGAAGCUCCUACUCCUGUUCAGAUGCAGGCUAUUCCUAUAUCUGCCUCAGGUAGAGAUUUAUUUGUUUGUUCUCCUACAGGAUCUGGUAAAACAUUGGCUUUCGUUAUACCAAUAUUGCUUGAUCUUAAAAAACACUCAGAUAAAGGAUUCCGUGCUUUAAUAAUUACUCCUGUGAAUGGGCUUUCCAAGCAGAUUUAUAGAGAAAUCAAGCGAUUUACUGAUGGUAAAAAGUUUAAAAUUUGUCAUCUCCGAAGAUCUACUAUUUCUAAUGUCGUGAAAUCCAAAUAUGAUAUUGUAAUAUCUACACCUCAAAUGGCUUUAAAAGCAAUUUCUGAAAAAAACCUUAAUUAUGAAAAUGUGCGACACCUUAUUUUUGAUGAAGGAGAUAGAUUAUUUGAUCAUGAAUUCAUAGAGCAAACUAAUAAACUUAUUACGUAUUUUUCUUCAAAUGUAAGAAAGUCUUUAUUUUCUGCAACAAUACCCUCUAGUGUUGAAAAUUCCUUGAAUACAAUUAUGAAUCAUCCUAUUCGUCUCAUUGUUGGAAAAAAAGAUACAACCACUAAUACAAUUGAUCAAAGGCUUGUUCAUGUGGGUUCAGAAGAAGGAAAAUUAAUUGCUCUAAGACAAUUAAUUCAUGAAGGAGGUUUCCAACCUCCCGUACUUAUUUUUGUACAGUCUGUUGAGCGGGCUAAUGAAUUAUAUAAUGAACUUAAAUUUGAGGGAUUUAAUAUUGAUGUAAUGCACGGUGAACGAACACAAGCGCAAAAGGACUCUUUGAUUCAUAGAUUUCGACAGGGAGAAAUAUUUGUUUUAAUUUGUACGGAUAUCAUGUCAAGAGGCAUGGAUUUUAAGGGGGUAACGCUUGUUAUUAACUAUGAUUUUCCUGUAUCAAUUCAAAGCUAUAUUCAUCGGGUUGGUCGAACAGGAAGAGCCGGUAGAUUCGGAAAGGCUAUUACUUAUUUUUCAACUUCAGACACUAAAUAUCUUCGCAGUAUUGUUCAUGUUAUGCAAAGAUCAGGUUCUGAAGUCCCCGAAUGGAUGAUUAAUUUGCUUCCUAAAAUCCCAAAAAAAGUAAAAAAAAAACUUAAACGAGUCCCUCCACAAAGAACACCAAUUUCCACAUUUUCAAUUCAUAAUAAAAAAAAUAUAAGCAUUAAUAAUUGAUUUAAACAAAUAGACAUUCAUUUCAGAAAUAUUAUACAUUUCAAAUAAAAC